UCUCGGUCUCUAGCCCUCGUUCGUCUUCAGGAAUGGCGUCCCAGCUUCCACAGUUGCCCACGCCGGGCCCCGGCUUCGGGUCAGUGGUACUUCACCAUAUUCCCGAUUCCAUUGCGCCAAGUUUCAUGGCCGCAAUGCUUGUCUACGCCUUUUGCUUGGGCAUGGUCACGCUCGAGAUCGUUGGCAACAUCAGUUACGAUUGGUUUCUCGCCCGCAGGGCGGGCUGGACCAAUCCCAUCAAGUUGAGCAACCGGUUGGCCUACUUUUUGGCUCGUUUCGGCUCCUGGACUUUCCUCUUUCUCACCCUCCUCUACAUGACGCUGCCCAAUCUGCAUUGCUCGAGCUUCGCCAUCUCGCUCAACUGCAUGUGGCUCUGCCCCCUCAUCAUGGUUGACUACAUCUUCCUCCAGCGCACCUUGGCCUUGUACUCAUGGGCAACGACCCCCACUGUCCUUCUUUUCAUCCUCUACAUUGCCGAGGUUGGCCUCGGCAUCGGGAACGUCGUCUGGUUUGGGGUCGGGUACCAGCUGCCAGAGUCAAAUUUCUGCGCCUACCUCACCGAGACGAACAAGCAGCCUCACUCGUCAAUCUUUAUCGCCUAUUACGCCGUCGUCAUUUUCACCGACACAAUCAUCCUUUGCAUGACGCUCCACCGUCUCACCGCAGGUGGGCUGUCCGGCGUGCCGCGAGCCGUGUGGGACAAGGUGCAGUCAAUUCGACACGGCAAGGAUUCCCUUUUCGACGAAAAUAUCUCGAGCCUUCUCAUUACCCAGGGAAUCCACUACUACCUCCUCCUCGAGCUUGCUAGGAUCGUCUUUCUCAUCGUCUACUACUCCGUCGCUGGCACUACAUCCUACCAGGUCCUUGUUCUUGCCGUCUUGGCCGCCAUCGCCCCGCUUCUCGCCGGACGAUUGUUCCGCAAGACGAGCGAGGUAGCCCAGCGCGUUGCCCGUAGCCAGUCUUCGGGCGAGCGAGGAGGCGGCGGACCGUCGAACCCACUCGUGACGACGACCACGACGACCUUUUCCAACCGUCGAUCGAUGGGAGGAGCCAACCCCCGGUACGUGAGCAACGAAUCGCCGUUUUCGGUCAAUGCGACCGCACCUACCAACGCUGGCAUCGGCAUCCUGCCCACGACGCAAAUGGACGCCAACCAGGCCGUGGCAAUGUGGCGCGGCAACUCCGGCGGCGUCGCUGAAGACGACGAGGAUGAAAAGUCUCGCAACCAUGGCAACUUCCCAAGGUACCGGACCUGGAAGACGUCUGGCUCGCAGCCCUCGACGCCUGCGUUUGACAUGGUCAACUACCCGCCCCACUCUCCCUCAACGACGCUCAACGCGGACACGCCGCGCAUUGAAAAGGUCAUGCAGAGCCCUCGCACGUUUGGACGCAGUGACUCGCUCGACGAACGCGAGGGCGUCACGUCCUACCUCGACGCAGCGUCGGCGACUUCCUCUUCCGGGCCUAAUUCGCUGCCACCCUCGCCCGGAGUGCCUCAGCAGGCCAGCUCGCAGUACCCUCCGUCGCCGCCAGCGGCAGCAUCUGCGCAAGAUGGCCGGAGGCGCGUCGAAUGGGCAUGGCCAGGAAGGGGCGCAAACCCGGCGGUCGAUGAGGAGAGCGAUAUCAAUGGGCCCCACACCGUCUUCUAAGCCUGCCUUCAUACCACCAGAGUCUACUACUGUCCUUACUCUGAUCUCUUCUCUCUCCAUAUCCGCCUCCUAACUCUUGUUGUAACAUUAUUUUGAAAAGGAAGGAUUCUGGCCGUUUUUCAAUGAAAAGAAUCGAGCGUCCGCAUACUCUUUACUACAAAUACAUCGGAU